CUCGUGAAGAUCUUGGAAGGCUUCUAGGACAAAGGCAAGAUGAAAUUACAUCUACUUCUGGCUCUUCUAGUUGGGGGAGCUUCUGCUCUUCAUCUGAGGUCUGAAACUUCCGACUUUGAAAGCCCCAUGGGAGAUGAGACCUUGCUUCAGGCUGGGGAGAUAUUAAGACAGGAAGCAGAGGAGUGUCUUUCUGGGAAGGAACUCAUGCCACCGGAGGAAGAAGAGGAGGAGGCCUCUGGUAGUGAAGGUGCCCCUGAGGACGAGGGAGCUAUCCAUUCAGUCUCAGCCCUGGAUGUGAUGGACAAGGACUUUCAGUGCCCCAAGGAGGAAGAUACAGUGAAGCUGGUGGGAAGCCCUAGAUUCAAAAUCAAUCGCUUCCUCCUGGUGAGGGCAGCUAAGAAGUUUGGCCAAGCUCAGUUUGUUUGCCAGCGUUGUUACCGGGGCACCCUUGUUUCCAUCCACGACUUCAACUUGAACUCCCGAAUCCACAACUCUGUUAGGGGACUCAACGAAGGCCAAAUCUGGAUUGGAGGCAGGGUCGUGGGCUCGGGUCGCAACAAAUGCUUUCGCUGGGUUGAUGGAAGUUCUUGGAAUUUUGCGUACUGGGCUGCUGGCCAACCCCAGACCCGUAGAGGCUCAUGUGUGACCCUGUGUACCCAAGGAGGCCACUGGCGCCUCUCUGUUUGUAACAAGAGGCGGCCUUUCAUCUGUUCGUACUGAGCUGGUCCCAGGAGAUCAAAUUCACCAUUUUCUGGACAGCUACCUACCCUGUCCUGCCAGAUGCCCCUCAUACU